UUACACACGCCCGUCCCUGUCACAUCCCUCAGCACCACAGCCAGCUCCCUCCCGCAUUCUCACGCACACCCCUGUCCUUGUUUUGCGGAGCCAACUUUUGACUAUAGGCUGGUGGAGUUGUGAUUUGCGAAUGUUUUCUCUGUCCAUGCUUCUCAUGCGAGGUGGCAGACAGAAGGAAGACAGAAGGAAGAGGAUCUUCAGCACAACGCACUGAGAUGCAUUGAACAUCAUGCAGUGACUGCUCCUCACACUAGAUUUCUUAUUUACCUUUAUUUUAGUGCUUAGCGCUGCAUCGAAGAUUGCAAGACGACGUGUAAAAGAGGAAGAAGACUUUACAGUGGAAAAAGACAAUCUGCAUGUGAAAGCACUGGAUCUAGUGCUAUCGGAGGCAAGCGAUGCAGCCUACUAGCAAGCUCCUGAGUCUCACCCUCCUUGUCUUGAUGGGCACCGAACUCACCCAAGUGCUCCCAGCCAACCCUGAGGAGUCAUGGCAGGUGUACAGCUCAGCACAGGACACGGAGGGCCGCUGUGUCUGCACCGUGGUGGCGCCUCAACAGUCCAUGUGCUCGCGGGACGCCAGGACCAAACAGCUCCGGCAGCUGCUAGAAAAAGUCCAGAACAUGACCCAGUCUAUCCAGGUGCUAGACCAGCGGACCCAGAGAGACCUGCAGUACGUUGAGAGGAUGGAGGUCCAGCUGAAAGGUCUGGAGACCAAGUUUAAACAGGUGGAGGAGAACCACAAGCAGAACAUUGCCAGGCAAUACAAGGCAAUAGAAGCGAAAAUGGAGGAACUUAGGCCAUUGAUACCAGUGUUGGAGGAGUACAAAGCCGAUGCAAAAUUGGUAUUGCGGUUUAAAGAGGAGCUCCAGAAUCUGACGUCUGUGCUAAACGAACUCCAGGAGGAGAUCGGCGCCUAUGACUACGAGGAGCUACAAAACAGAGUGUCAAAUCUUGAAGAGAGGCUUCGUGCAUGCAUGCAAAAAUUAGCAUGUGGGAAACUGACAGGGAUCAGCGAUCCAAUCACAAUUAAGACGUCUGGAUCAAGGUUUGGAUCCUGGAUGACUGACCCCCUGGCUCCUGAAGACGACACUAGGGUGUGGUACAUGGACGGCUACCACAACAAUCGAUUUGUGCGGGAGUACAAGUCCAUCUACGACUUCAUGAAUUCCGACAACUUUACGUCUCACCGCCUCCCCCACCCGUGGUCAGGCACAGGCCAGGUGGUCUACAACGGUUCCAUCUACUUCAACAAGUUCCAGAGCCACACCAUCAUCAAGUUUGACUUCAAGACCUCCGUCAUCAGCAAGUCACGCCAGCUGGACUACGCCGGCUACAACAACAUGUACCACUACUCCUGGGGUGGCCACUCAGACAUCGACCUCAUGGUGGACGAGAGUGGGCUCUGGGCCGUCUACGCCACCAAUCAGAACGCAGGGAACAUUGUCAUCAGCAAACUGAACCCCAACACCCUGCAGAUCGUCAAGAGCUGGACUACCAACCACCCCAAGAGGAGCGCAGGAGAGGCCUUCAUGAUAUGUGGUACGCUGUAUGUCACCAAUGGCUACUCCGGUGGGACCAAGGUGUAUUAUGCCUUCAGCACCAACUCGUCCACCUAUGAGUACAUUGACAUACCAUUCCAGAAUAAGUACUCUCACAUCUCCAUGCUGGACUAUAACCCUAAAGACAGAGCACUGUACGCGUGGAAUAAUGGUCACCAGGUGCUUUACAAUGUCACUUUGUUCCAUGUCAUUCGCUCAGAGCAGGAUCAGUAGAUAGCCACGCUGUUACUUUCUCAGUCACUGGCAGACCUGGGUUCAAAUACUAUUGGAUAACUUUCAAAUACUUUUAGCAUUUGCGUUAGCCUGCCUGGAGUGCCAGAUGGGCAGGGUUUGCAGUUUUGCAACAAUUGUAUUAAUUCCAUUAUACCAGGCAAGCUCAAUCAUGCCCAGCUAGAUCAAGCAAAUUUGAACCCAGGUCUGGUCCACGGAUGCUUCAAAGUAGAGGAGAUGCUAUAUGUAACUGUGGAAGUAGAGAAGUAUCCUAUAUUUUACUCAGUAACAAGAAAUACAGUACCAAAUUAUAUAUAAUGUAUAGAAACGCAGAGUAAGAACAGGUACUGAAAAAAUGUCAUGCCUUUCUUGUUUUAGAUGACUUCAAAAGGCUUAUAACGAUUGUGAUUGACUUUUUUUUUUGGAUCACAGAUAGUGCAGCCUAUUGUAUCAUAGUCUUGAAUUUAAUUACAUUUGGAAUUGAAGAGGGAUUAAAUCCUGGGCCUUGUUUAUCAACCUGUAUUAAACCAAACUUUAGGACACAAACACACAAUCAUGACCAUUUUCCCCAGGUGGGUGCUCCUCAUUGGUGGUGGGUGAGGUGAGGUCACAUUUCCCCUAUACAUUGUGAAGUACACUAAGCAUCUGGAAAAGCACUAAAUAACAAUCAAUGUCUUUAUUAUAAUUCAUUCAUUCAUUAUAAUUACAUGAUCAUAUGGUAAAGAUGGUCAAAUGUAGCAGCAAUUUUCCAUGUAACUUGAUUCCUGCUUCUGUAAAGGUGGAGACUAGUGAUCGUCAUAACACAGAGCCGUGCUUCUCUGUGCAGAAUAGAAAUCCAAUGCUAUCCCCAUGUGUUGGUAGCAAAAUAUCUCAUUGGAAAAUGUGUAAUGGCACCUCAAAACAUGUACUCUGUCUUUCCUGCGCAAUACAACCUCUCAGGAACCAAUAUAACACAACCUGUCGUUUGCAUGGAGUCAUCUACAAGGACAUUGUAGGAUCUGAGUAUGAUUGAUAAAUGAGGCCCAACGGAGCACAGUGUCAAUAAUCCAGUCAAACCACGAGUCAAUGACAAAAUACUGUAUAUCUGGGAACACCGACUACAGAUAUUUAAGGCAAAGACUGUUGGAAGCACCCUGUUUCAUCUCUGUGUCUUUGUGAUGGUACUAUGUAUUUUCUCUUUUUUGUAUCUUCUUUUUGCAUGGGCAUUUUUACCAACCAAACUGGUUUUCUUCUCUGGAUGUAUUUUGCAAUAUUUGAUGCUGUGGUGCAAGAGACUAGUUUAGCACUGUUAGGAGGCAGGCUUUUUACUUUCUUAUUGUCAUUGGGGUUGAUAUAUGUUCUUAUUGUUGGUAUUGAUAUUUACUGUGAUAGCCUGUCUUUGUAGAUUGGAUUGUAUUGAAUUAAUUUGUCUAGCUCAUAUAGUUCUGUCUGGAAAAAAAUAAAAAAUAUAACAAUCACACAAGAAUGUACCAAACAAUGUAUCUAUGAGCCAGUGACGUAUCCACUGGCUUUUUUAUUCAAUUUGACUUCACAAGUCUACUGUCUGUUUCUUAGAGAGAUCAAUUGUGACAUCUUAUUCUGUUGAGCUUGCAUAUGUGUUGUAUCUUCAAUAACAUUCAAAUAAAUAAACAAGAUCUUUGUUCUA